ACGUUCGUUUUGGUAUCAGUACCUACCUCAGGUGCAUAAAAAUAAAAUUGUGUCCAUAUCGGCGGCAAAUUUAAUUUGGAAGGGAAAAAAUGUCCCGGCAAAGCUACACUGCAGUUGAAAACUUGGCCCGAUCAUUCAAGACACGUUUUGAUGCCCUUGAUUGUCCUUACGUGGAUGGGGUAGAUGAAACCUGGAUUUCCGAGCUUCUUUACCAACCAGGAGAAGCAAGGAUAAGAUUACUUCAAUGGCUUCUAUCUAGGUAUGAUGUGAAAUUUGCAGAGCUCCUUGACAACCAAUACUGGACAAGUGAAACUAAAAUGGACAGCAGAAUACAAGCCAUGACUAAGCUGUGUUCUUGUCUUGGACUCUGUAGACCAGGGGAUGUCGAUCUUAUAAGGGGAGUGUCUACAUCAAAAUCCAAACAGGCUGCAUUCUGGGAUAAGUUACUUGACAUUGUAACCAUAAGUGAUGCAUCAGAAGAAACGCACAGAGAUGUCAUGUCUAGUCCAGGGAUUGUCAGUGAGAGUUUGCCAUUAUGGGAGCAGUUUUGCCAUGACUGUCAAUUCAUAUCAUCUCUUGCUCAUGGAAGAGAUCUGCAGGAAGCCCUAUCACCUAAGAUGACUCUAUUCCCUCCAGAUAUCACACGUACUCUCGCUAAGAGAGCAGCCGAUGAUCAACACAGAGUGGCCCUACCCAGCAUUGAUUCCCUGUUAGAAACAAGCACACACCUGUCUAUGGAACUACAACAAGCAAAUCAGCAUCUCAAGGACCUUCAGAAAGCAUAUCCUUAUCCCACACCUGACCCUAAGGCAUCAGACAAGGUUUGUCAGACUAUGAAGUUGGUUCUGUCAGAGCUGGUACAGCUAGUGACGAGUUUCAUCUUCAUGUUUGAGAGUGAGAUGCGUCAGUUCUGCAACAAGGCUCCACCCAAACUAACUCAAUUAGGACCAGCCAUCAAGAGAGUACACACUCUGCUCCAGCAGUUCUCAGGACUCCUGACAAGCCUGCAGUCAAUGCACACAUCAUAUUACAGUAUUGUUAAUACCAAGGGGAUCCAAUCAGAGGAUACUCAUCCUGCAGAUCUAAUGGCAUCAGUAAGCCGCUCAGCCCUGAAGUCUUAUGGUGAGUUUGUAACUAUAAUGGAAGAUUCGAUACAUCGACAGCAUGAUACAUGGUCAGAAAGUAAAGUCCUUGCUGAUUCAUUUCGAUGAACAGGUGCCCCAUUGUGGAAACAGUUGCUUUUAAAUGCUACUAAUACAACACACAAUUCUCCAUAGCAAUCUUCUGAUUGGUUGACUAUCAUGGAUACCUCUGAUCUCAUAGAGGAAACGCUUUUGAUUGUGUCUUUGUACAAAUGACUCCAGAUGCCAUACUUUAAGUUAAAUGUCAGAUGAGACUGCAGCGACGGUGAUUUGCCAUGAUCGAUUAGAACAUUUUCAUUAUCUCUUUUUGAGCUAACCAGUAUCCCUAACACUUACAUUCAACAUUCUACUAAUAGUGAUGAAGGCAUGAAAUAACAUGUAAGUCUGACUUGCUUGAGUGAGAUAUGAUGUAUGGCCUGUGUGUAUACAGGUACUGCUUAGAACUCUAGUUUGAUUCAUAGAAUGUAAGUCUAAUGCAUAAAACUGUAUUAGUGCCGAACUGGAAUAAGAUACCCCAGUGAUUCUUGUUGACAGGGAUGGUACCACAGUGGGCAACUACUUCCCCCUUUAUUUUAAGUGAUCAAGAAAAUGGAAAAGCAGGAAAAGGGGGGCAUGGGGAAAAGAGAGAAGAGGAGUAUAGUUUACAAAAAGAGCUGGAUCAUGGAACUGUUUAUAUAUUUUUUUUCAUUGAGAAUGGAAAAGGAUUAAGCCAUUUUUGCCACUUUCCUUAUGAAAACACCCUGGCACCACCCUUGAUUGUAAUAAUGAUCAUUUAUCAGAAGUCGUUUUAUGAGCUGAUACAUAUAAAGUGUUGAUACAACAAACUUCUGAAUUGUGAGUUUUAAGCCAGACUAUAGGCGCCACUUCUUAACCAAGGCUAAGUUUUUGAAAUGUCAUCAUAAUUUAGAAAGUAUAUGGACCUAGUUCAUGAUACUUAGACAUAAGGAUAAUAGUGUAUCACUGAAGAUCCUGCCUGAGUUUCAGGUCACAUGGCCAAGGUUAAAGGUCAUUUAGGGUCAAUGAACUUUGGCCGUGUUGGGGGUAUUUGUUGAAUUGGCAUCAUAACUUGAAAAGUUUAUGGAUCUACAUGUACAUGUACACAUGUAGUUCAUGAAACAUAGAUGUAAGGGUUAUAAAGUAUGUUUUGAACACAUUUUGGGUCACAUGAUCAUGGUCAAAGGUCAUGUUGGGUCAAUGGACAGUAUUUCAUUAUCAUAUGAGUGUUUUUUUAUAUUAAUUAUUCAAAAGCUGUUUUCAAAGUCAGUACUGCUGCUAUAUUGAAUAGCGUAAUGCAGGCGAGACUGCCAGAGGCGUUCUAGUGAUGUAAGUUUGCCAAAGUGAUCAUGACAUGAUGGACGGGUGGUAAGCGUGCUGUCACUAAUGACUCCUGAACAUUACAGACACCUAAAGCCUAAUGGGCCCGAAUUGACAAAGCUGGUUUUUUUAAAACCAUCUGUUGAACCCCUUGGUAUAUGUACAUUUCCCAUAUAAAUUACGCUUAUUUAUCGCGUGUAUUGAAAAAUGUCCAAUGUUGAUGCGCGCCUUUGUCACAGUGCGCCAAAUUGACGCCUGUUGCCAUGGUUAAGUAUGCUAUUUUAUUUAUGAGUCCACUGUUUUGAAUUCAUGAGUCCAUUCUUUAAACAGUGGACUCAUGAAUAAAAUAGUUUACUUAACCAUAGCAACAGGCGUCAAUUUGGCGCACUGACAAAGGCGCGCAUCAACAUUGGACAUUUUUUAGUACACAUGGUAAAUAGGCAUAAUUUAUACCGGAAAUCUGCAUAAACCAUAGGUUCAACAGAUGGUUUUAAAAAACCACCUUUCAGAAUUCGGGCCAUUGAGUUUCAGUAAAUGUCUAAAUGUCUGAAUAAAAAAAGUAAGGAACCCCCACCUCCCACCACCCCCCAAAAAAAAAUGAUAAUGGAUAUAUGUAAUAAACAAAAGAAUAUAAAUAAAUGAAUGAAUGAAAUAUGUAAAAAAUGAAAAAUGUUUUUAAUAUUGAAAAUAACAAAAGUGGAUGAAAAAUCAAUGUGAUAACAAUAAAUGAAAUUAGUAAAUAAAUAAAUAGACCCCAUUUUGGUAUAACCAGUUUUGGGGGCAUGGAAUGGCUGAAAAUUUCGUUUUAGUCUUAAGUAACUUUCUGUUUUGCAAUCAAUAUUUGUCAGAAAGGUAUUUACAGGGCCUUUUUUCAUUAACUUGAUUUAAUAGUAAACUUUCAUGUUCGCAAAUAUUCAAUGCAUGAAAGAAAGGCACACAUUUGUUAAAUAUUAUAAUUCACAUUAUUUAAUCUUGUCCAAUGCUUUGGACAUGCUUAAAUCUUUAGCAAAUAUUAUUGAGAAUAUGUAGGUAUAUCGGAGAUAGCCAUGUCUGAUUUUCCUUGAUGAUGGAUGCCAUAGAGGGAGUUUUCAGCUUCACAUAUUUCGUGCAUAGAUAGAAAGACAAAUUAAGUUCUUUGAUAACUCUUGGAUGAAAAUGAGUCCAUCUUCUUUGUGUUCCAAAUAUCAAGGAAGACUCUUGCCACAUAUGACACAUGAUAAAAGAGUAAAGCCACCAGUAACUUCAAUUCGAAGAUCACAUUUAUAACAAGACAUUUUGAUGAACAGGUACUUUUUGUUUGUUUGUUUUAUAUAUUUUGCCAUUUAAAGAAGAGCAACAUGAAUGUGUUUAGCAAUGUCUUCUUCAAUUUGCUUUCCAUGAUUUUCAUUUUUUUUAAUAGUUCAUCUGAUUAAAAAAAACCAAAACAUCUGGAUAACCAUAAGAUAAAUAGCAAUCAUUUUGAGGCAUAGAUAAAAUACAUUGUCCAGUUUAUGACUUGCUAUGUCUAUUGAGGUUCCCCUCAUAGGAAAAGUCUCAUCAUUUAUCAACUCUAUUUAUAGAGAUUAAAUUUUAUUAGCAAAGUAGUGAAAAUUAAAUUAAAAUUUUAAAUAAUGUUUAAAAGAGUGCAUGAUGUCAUAAGGUAUUAAACUGGGUUGUUAGUGAGCUAUUUAUAUCACAAGUACUUCUAUUUAGAUGUAUGAAAUUAUAAAUACUCAUCAUUUUGGUCCAGAAUACAAUGUAUGGAAUAGAAAUAGAAUUAUGAAAUAGUUAAGAUUUCAUAUAAAAUCUAAAAUGAAAAGUGAGCAUUUUGAUGUCUCUUGCUGAUAAAUAGAUGUAACAUCCCACUUGGUAUAAAUGUCAAAAUUUGAAACUGCUGAACUUUGUAAAACCGAUUUCGAUGACUUUAAUAAUGUACAUCAAACUAUUGUUUAGGAAUUUUAGGAAAUUUGAAAAAUAAUGGUCUGUACAAUUGAUGCAGAACAGAUAUUACCUUGAAAUAAACCCUAAAAAAGUUAGGAAAUCUGAGUUUGGCCAUUAAUUUCUCCCAAAUCCCAAUUUUACACAAUUCAUAUUUGAUAUCAUUCAAAAGAUCAUUAAUUUUCUUUAAAAUGACACCAUGCUUGUUAUGAUCAUGCCAUCACGAAAAGAGCAGGAUUCAAAAGUGUUGGAUGAGGUCUGAAUUGAAAAGCUGCAAAACGAGCAGAAAUAGUCAUGAAGGGUCAAUAAAGAACAUGAUUCUUUUGUCUACGUCUGUGUCAAUAAAGAUGAAAAUCCAUUCAAAUCAA